AUGGAGGAGACAAGCCCAAGGAGACGGAAAGAGGAUGAGAAAUCCAUCCACAGUACUGAACCCAAGACCACAAGACUCCAGAAAGAGGUGGGGCUUCUCAGUGGCAUCUGUAUCAUUGUGGGAACCAUCAUCGGUUCCGGGAUCUUCAUCUCCCCGAAGUCUGUGCUGGCCAACACAGAAUCCGUGGGGCCCUGUCUCAUCAUAUGGGCAGCCUGUGGAGUCCUGGCUACACUGGGCGCCCUGUGCUUUGCAGAGCUUGGCACAAUGAUCACCAAGUCAGGGGGUGAGUACCCCUAUCUGAUGGAGGCCUUUGGCCCCAUCCCUGCCUACCUCUUCUCCUGGACCAGUCUGAUCGUCAUGAAGCCCUCAUCUUUCGCCAUCAUCUGCCUCAGCUUUUCGGAGUAUGUGUGUGCGGCCUUUUACUCAGGCUGCAAGCCUCCUACUGUGGUGGUGAAACUCCUGGCUGCUGCUGCCAUCUUGCUUAUCACUACAGUGAAUGCGCUGAGCGUGCGACUUGGCAGCUAUGUCCAGAAUGUCUUCACGGCAGCCAAGAUGGUGAUUGUGGCCAUCAUCAUCAUCAGCGGACUGGUCUUCCUGGCCCAAGGAAAUGUAAAGAACUUUCAGAAUUCUUUUGAGGGUGCACAGACCUCUGUGGGCGCCAUCAGCCUGGCAUUUUACAAUGGACUCUGGGCCUACGAUGGGUGGAACCAGCUCAACUAUAUCACUGAAGAGCUUAGAAACCCUUACAGAAACCUGCCCAUGGCCAUUGUCAUUGGGAUCCCUCUGGUGACAGUAUGCUACAUCCUCAUGAAUAUUGCCUACUUCACGGUGAUGACCCCAACAGAGCUCUUGCAGUCUCAGGCUGUGGCUGUGACCUUCGGAGACCGCGUUCUCUAUCCAGCGUCUUGGGUCGUCCCACUUUUUGUGGCGUUUUCAACCAUCGGUGCUGCUAAUGGGACCUGCUUUACAGCGGGCAGGCUCAUCUAUGUGGCGGGUCGGGAAGGCCACAUGCUUAAGGUGCUCUCCUACAUCAGUGUCAAGCACCUCACGCCGGCUCCUGCCCUCAUAUUUUAUGGUAUAAUAGCCACCAUUUACAUCAUCCCCGGGGACAUCAACUCCUUAGUCAAUUAUUUCAGUUUUGCUGCAUGGCUGUUUUAUGGUCUGACAAUCCUAGGACUCAUUGUGAUGAGAUUCACGAGGAAAGACCUAGAGAGGCCCAUCAAGGUGCCUAUCUUCAUCCCUAUCCUCGUGAUUCUCGUAUCUGUUUUCUUGGUUCUGGCUCCAAUCAUCAGUCAGCCGGCCUGGGAGUAUCUCUACUGUGCACUGUUUAUACUGAGUGGACUUAUAUUUUACUUCCUUUUUGUCUACUACAAGUUCGGAUGGGCCCAGAGGAUAUCCAGGCCGGUUACCAAGCACCUGCAGAUGCUGAUGGAAGUUGUCCCGCCAGAGAAGGACCCAGAGUAA